AUGUCAAUCAAUAUUACAUACGAUACUCCAGAAUUUUGGAACAAGGUAAACUCGAUUAUUGGAUGGCCUGUAAAUCAUCGUACGUUUAAUGACAGAUUGAAUUCUUUGCAGGGACUUACAAAAACCAAAAGAUUGAAGAGUUUUUCGAAAUUAUAUCAACUUUACAAAUUGAUCAAUGAAAAAGGAGGUAUAUGUCAUAUUGUUACACAUGAUGGGAAAAUUUAUGAUAAUGUUGAUAUUUUAAAUAAAACAAAUGAAGAAGAAUUAAUUAUUGAUGCGAUUUCACUAAUUACACCUGUGGCAUCUUAUUUUAUCAAAUCAGAAGUAUUUAAUAAGCUCCUUUUAAUUGACGCUAUCCACAUUGAUUCAGUUGCGGGUGGAAAUAUUGCCAUUUUGGCAAUAACCCUCCCGAACAGAUCCCCACUUCCUCUUAGUUUUGGUUGGGGCAAAACCGAAGAUUCGUUACUAAUCAAAGUCGUUUUGAAUAAUUUCAUCAAAGUUGUAACAGGUAAAGGCUUAAAAAUUGAAGAGAAAAUAACAUACAUAAUAUCAGAUAAAGGUACAGGAAUAAAAUCAGCUCUUGAUGAGCUUAAUUUAUCACAAUUUCAUUUAUUAUGCUUGUUUCAUUUGGCUAAGAAUCCCGAUUUUAUUAGAGUUCGGCCUCAAAUUUUGAAAAUUACAAAUGCACUUUCCUCAGAAGAAUGGGAUACACAAGUUUCAAAAAUUGAAUCUGAAAUUUAUAAAAUUUAUAAUUAUAAAAGCAAAAAGGUCUCCGCUUUCAUCGAUGAUCUUAAAAGUAUUAACCCAUUUAAUCGUUCAAAAUUCGAUCAUGGAUUUUUAAGCAGCUCUGUAAUAGAAUCGUUCAAUAGCAUUUUAAAAGCUAUGGACUUGGAUGAAAUAAUCAAAUGGUUUUCCUUCAUAAGCAUGUAUCAAUACAGCAAAAUUCAUGACUUAUUUUCAAAAGCUAUGGAAAAUGAAUUUUUGAAUACAAAUUUAUUCAACAUAGAGAGGGAUAUAUUUUAUUGGGAAGUUCAUAAAGUAGAACACACAAAUUUUUAUCUCGCGCGGCACAUAUAUAAAAAUACAAAAUACAAGAUAUUUAUGGAAGAAGGACAUAAAAUAACUUGCGAAUGUCCAUUUUACAAGAGAACCUUAUUACACUGUGUACAUAUCCAUAGUUUUUUAGAUAUUUUCCAAAACAAAAUUGGGAUUGAUCCAAGUUCUAUAACAAGUGAAAUUGGUUAUUUUUACAAAAAAUCAAGCUACCUUAACUUGAUUGAUGAUAUUAAGGAAUUAAAAAUAAGCUUUGACAAUGUUGCAGAAAGCCCAAACGUAAAACCGCCAGAAGUUAAAAACAGAAGAUCAAUAAAACGUAAAAGGCUCAGAGAUUGGACUGAAAAUUAA